GUUAAAAGUACAAUUAGCAACAAACCUUGCAUAUCCACACCCUCACUUGCUCCUAAGCCAUACAAUACAAAAAAGUCGUUUUUUUAUUUUUUUAAUUUUCAACCAUGGCUGGUGUGAACCCCGAGGCAGGAGGGUGGAAGGCUUAUCCUUCUGUUAUGGAGACUGCUCUUGAUAGUGGUGAUGGAAGGAGUCAUCAUAACAUGAGUGAUGAUGGGUCGGUGAUGCAUUUCUCUGCUACAAGGUCAGUGGCAGUGCCAUCAUCUGGACAGAAUAAAGUGAUUCCUAGUCCAACUCAGUUUAGCAUCCUCUAUAAGGGGAAAAUGUGUAUCUAUGAAGGAAUUCCUGCAGAAAAGGUGCGUGAAAUAAUGUUGAUUGCUUCUGUCUCUGCUAAGUCUGCUGAAAUGAAGAGUGGGAUCCGAUUGACUUCAUUCAUUCCCAAAAGCCCUUCUUCUUCACAGGGAAACUCUACUAAUUUGCCUUCACCCCAAUCAGUCAAGAGUUCCAUUCGCAGGCUGCAAGAUGAAUUUCCACUGGCUCGAAGGCAAUCACUUCAAAGAUUUCUUGAGAAGAGAAGAAACAGGUUGGCUAACAAAUCCCCCCAUGCCUUAACAAAAAAUGUGGUUCACAACCCAGACAAGGGCUUUUCUCCUGACGACACGCCAGAUUUUGGUUUGUUGAACUUGAACUUUCAGAGGAGGGAUUUCAGCCCCGUGGUGCUGCCUCUUUAAGGCAACUGGUGUUGGUUCUGCUCUAUAUGUUCUGGAAUUGCAUGUGCAUGCAUGUAGACCCAAAGAAACUAAUAUAACUGUGUUAUGUUCUCGAGACCAUAUUUUAUGCCUAAUUAGUGAACUUGAAUGUGUCAACUAUGACAUGAAAGUUGGGUUAGUUUGGAUAAUAAUGCGUAGAAAAUAUUCAUUAUGCACAGAAACUGUCCCUUUUUAAAUGUGUUUGGACAAUUUGAUUAUCGAUUGGGUUGUAACAUCAUAGCUGCUUCGUA